UGUUCCUGUUAUACUUUACAGUAGCUCUGGAUCACACAAAAUAGUAUUUGAAGGUGGAGAAAGAGGUAGUUGUUCCUGGCCGAGGCAAAAGCCCUGCAAGUAUUUUGAUUGGUUUCUCAGUGCCAGGUAGAUGCAGUGCAUGAAGGAGAGGAGGCCAGAGUUCUCUGGCAGCAGCGCCCGCUCAUCUCUGCCCGCUUUGAUUUCAAUUGUAGCAGUGGGUUACGUUCAGAAUUUUCCAUAGAAAAUUACUUUGAAAUUUUUAAAAAUCAACUUUAUUUGUGUAUAAUUUACACAAAACAAACAUUUCUAAUGUUCUUCACUCAUUCCUAAGAUCCAAGUCUCCCUCUAACACUUUUCAUCCGAGUGAGAGGAUCUGUAGCAUUUCUUGUGCAGAUCUGGUGCAAACAGAUUUUCUGAAUUUCUUUUAUCUGAAUAUGGCUUUAUUUCACACUCACUCUUGAAAGAUAUUUUUGGGGAUGUAGAAUUUUGUUCGCAAACUUUUUCCUUUCAGUCCUUUAAAGAUGUUCCACUGUCUUUUGGUCUUUAUGCUUUUUGAUGAGCCGUCUGUGAUCAUUCAAACAUUAAUCCUCGUCUAUAACUGUAACAGUAACAAAUUCAGACACAGCAAAUGACAUUAUCAACAUGUCACUACCAAUGCUAGGAAUAACUGGCUCCGAGAAAGACCACCAGCUGUGGGUGAGUUCUGGCAAGGAAACGGCCCCACACCCGCUCAUUGGACAUGAACAUCCCUAUGGAAUUAAAAUGAGCCAUCUUCCAUCUACUACACUGCUGCCGCAGACACCAGAGGACUCCAUCUCUCCUUCCACCCUCCAGGAGUCCCUCCUUCUGGAGCAGGGCAUCGCAGAGAUGCAAGGCCAGUUCAUCCUGAAGCCCAGGCACCUGACCCAGAACCAGCAAGGGAGAGGUGAGCCCCUUCCCUUUCUUCAAGUGCCUUCUCUUGGCUCAUGUCUCCACCCUUGACCACAAAUUCAUGGCACAGAGCUUAUUCUCUCUGUGGGGGGUGGGGAGGAACAAUACAGGCAAGAACCCAAAAACUACACAGAAUCAAGCUUAGAGAAACCCAAAGGUCUGAAAUCAAAACCCAACUCACUCUCUAGAAAGGUGGUUUGUUUUAAUUCUUCUAGGUAGACCAUUACUCCUUCCUCUGUAUCC